UACGCAUUUCCGGAGGCCGGUCAACGACCGCUUCCUGUGUUUAGGGGGCUGCCUCUCGUGGGAAGGUCUGGAUUCUCCGAGUUUGAGUAUUUGGCGGCACCACCUUUUGACCCUUCGCCAUGGGAGUGACGUGUGUGUCCCAGAUGCCUGUGGCUGAGGGCAAGAGUGUCCAGCAGACAGUGGAGCUCCUCACCAAGAAAUUGGAGAUGCUUGGAGCAGAGAAACAAGGAACAUUUUGUGUAGACUGUGAAACUUACCACACAGCUGCCUCCACCCUGGGCAGCCAAGGCCAGGCUGGGAAGCUGAUGUACGUGAUGCAUAACUCUGAGUACCCACUGAGCUGCUUUGCCCUCUUUGAGAAUGGCCCUUGCCUUAUUGCUGACACCAACUUCGAUGUGCUCAUGGUGAAGCUCAAGGGCUUUUUCCAGAGUGCCAAGGCCAGCAAGAUUGAGACCCGGGGUACUCGCUACCAGUAUUGUGACUUCCUGGUGAAGGUGGGCACGGUCACAAUGGGGCCCAGUGCCCGUGGCAUCUCUGUGGAGGUGGAGUAUGGCCCUUGUGUGGUGGCUAGUGACUGCUGGAGCCUCCUGCUUGAGUUCCUACAGAGUUUUCUAGGUAGCCACACACCAGGGGCGCCCACAGUGUUUGGGAACAGACAUGACUCGGUCUACGGGCCAGCAGAUACCAUGGUACAGUACAUGGAGCUCUUCAACAAGGUCCGGAAACAGCAGCAAGUGCCUGUGGCUGGGAUCCGCUAGUGACUGGCAGCUGCCGCCUGCUGAGCUGUCACCAUGGCACUGCCAAGGACCACGUGCUGGACUUGGGUCCCAGCUGUAGCUUGUGUUCCAGGGCUUUGGACUCCCCUCCUGACCACAUCACAGCUGUUCUUUACUUCAUGCUUUAACUGGAUUUGGCUGGUCCUCAAGAUGGUAAUUGUGAAGAAUGGAAAGGCUUGGGCCUUUCCUGCUGUAGGCAAAAGGUAGGACAGGGUUGUCCCCACCAGUGCUAGAGCUGUGUGUCCCCAGGUGCUGAGCAUUUCGAAUAGGCUGUAUGCCUGUGCUGCUUUCGCUUGAGGAUGUGGCUGGCAGGACGGGAUUGUUGGCUGUGAGAGUGUUGCUUUCAUUCUUUGGACACUGAUGUCUUCCCCUACUGUUUUGAAUUAUGUGAACCUGCAGGCCAAGUUGCUGUAGCAGAACCAAAAGCAGAGGGCUCUUACUGCACAGUUUAUUUUUUGUUAAUAGUUCAGAGGCACUCAGUUCCACAGAACAGAAUGAACUCCACAGGGUUACCAGGAACUUGGCUUCUUAUGUCUUACUGUUCCUUCUAUCAUACUGUCCCCAGAAUGCUUUCCUCACCACAGGAUCAAAGCACACUCAGUAUCUCCGUGCCCACAGUCUGCUGAGGAAAGAGAUAGGGAUGUUUUUCAAAGUUGAUUAGAUCACUGUGGACACACAUUCCUGACACUCAACACUCAGUUUUCUCAGGGGGCUUCCUAGUUUGCCUUCUUGGCUGGCUUGAGCCUUGAACUCAUUGACAUUGCUCACCUGCCUCACACCUGCUACAGAAACAUUUAACAUGUGGACAGGCUUGGGAAAGCUGUUACUAUACAAAGUGUAGGGUGGCAGUGUUUGUGCAGCAGCUCUGAGGAGGUGGUCAUUCUUGUGUCCUAGCUUUGGUGGGCAGGACAGCUCAUCACACCUUCCUGGUUAUCCUGUUACUUCCUCUUGCUUUUGUUGUUACUCUUUUACUGUUGCUGUGUAAAAACUGAGGUGUUUUAGAUACCACAAUAAAAUUGACAAACACUACA